ACUUUGUAAAUGAAACCAAAAGGGUAAACAUUCGUGAUCACGAGACAACUACUUUGAACAAUGGAGCGACUUUUGUACUUCUUGAUUUGCUUUUGUAUAGUUGUUGGUCAAAAGUAUAAGCCUAACUGGGAGUCUCUGGAAACAAGGCCUCUUCCAUCGUGGUUCGAUCAAUCCAAAAUUGGCAUUUUGAUUACAUGGGGCGUAUAUUCAGUCCCAAGCAUCUACACGGAAUGGUUUUGGUAUGCAUGGAAGACGGAGAAGAUACCAGAAGUUGUGGACUUCAUGAACAAAUUUUAUCCACCUGAUUUUACCUAUGCAGAUUUUGCCCCGAUGCUGACCGCUGAAUUUUAUAACCCCGACGAAUGGGCUGACAUAUUUCAAGCUUCAGGGGCAAAGUAUGUUGUAUUGAUUACAAAACAACCUGAGGGUUUCUGCAAUUGGCCAUCCAAACAAGCAUUCAACUGGAAUUCCAUGGAUGUGGGGCCCAAUAGGGAUCUUGUUGGUGAGCUUGAACAGUCAAUAAGGAACCGGACAAACAUACACUUUGGACUGUAUUAUUGCCUGCUGGAGUGGUACCAUCCUUUGUACUUGAAGGAUAAAGCUAAUGGUUUCAGGACGCAGUCUUUUGUGGAGGCAAAAGUCAUGCCAGAGUUACAUGACAUAGUAAACCGGUACAAACCAGACAUAGUAUGGUCAGAUGGAAACUGGGAAGCAGACGACCAGUACUGGAAUGCCACUAACUUCCUGGCCUGGCUUUACAAUGAAAGCCCUGUGAAGGAUAAAGUAGUUGUGAAUGAUCGAUGGGGAAACAACACACAGUGUAAACAUGGAGGCUUCUUUGACUGUGAUGAUAAGUUUGAUCCAGGUAAACUUCAGAAGAGGAAAUGGGAGCAGGCCCGAGAAAUGGACAGAUAUUCUUGGGGUUUCCGUCGUAGAGCAAGAGUCGAUGAUUAUCUCUCCAUUAACCAGCUUCUUACUUACCUUGUCAAAACAGUCAGUUGUGGAGGAAACUUUUUGCUUAAUGUUGGUCCCACUAAAGAUGGUAUUAUUCCAACAAUUCAAGAAGAGAGACUCAGGCAGAUGGGAGCUUGGCUGUCUAUUAAUGGAGAAGCUAUCUAUGAAACAGAACCAUGGUCACAUCAAAAUGACACCAUUGCAGAGAACCUUUGGUACACAGCUAAAAUGGUCAGUGGAAAAGCAGUUGUGUAUGCCAUCCUCCUAGACUGGCCUAAAACAAACAUGCUGGUUUUAGGAGCUCCAGUUACUUCCCCUGGGACCACAGUAAGCAUGCUUGGUUACCAAGGUAACUUUGCAUGGAAAGGAAACCCAGGUACUGGAAUGGAGAUCCAGUUUCCCGUAAUACCAAUAGACCAAAUGCCAAACCUAGACGCCUGGGCUCUAAAAAUUACUGGCCUAACUAACUAACUGACUGAUGACUCUUAAUGAAAACACAUUAAAUAAACUCCACAUUAUGUGAUACUCAUUUUGUAUGUGUGUGUGGGAGAGAAAGAGAGAGAGAGCUUUUGAUAAUGCACUGUUGAAAUCCAGUUUUAUUAUUGUAAUAAGAAUUCUACAUAGCAGUGAUACAUGUUCCGUAUACCUCUAUGAUUGUGAUUUUGCAAGAUUUUUAUUAGGUCACUGAUGAUGAUAUUGUGUUUAACAAUUAGCAUACUUGAUUCUGAUAAAAUCCGGCCGAAUCGAACUAAGCUGAGUACCUGGCGACACGCUAGAAAUCAAAUGACCCGCCUACAGUACAGUAAUGAAAUUGUUGACCUUCUUUUGUAUAAACAUUAUUCGGCAAAGAAAUGACCAACAUAUUUACUAAUCAUGUUUAUUUCACCAGUGUAAAAAUUAAAAACAUUUUGACUUAGAAUAAGCAACUCUCGAUACUACUGUCUCCAAGGACGCCAGCUUGAAGCCGCCUUCGCCUAUCAAAAUUUUCCUGCUCAAUUAGCAACCUAGCAGGAUGAGUGCGCAAUUCUGGCUCACAGUCAAGUGUAUCUCCGAUUAACCUGGGUGCGCCGGAUCGUUAGAAUUAACUAUGCUAGAUACAACACAUUUUGGGGAGAUAACUCCAACCCACACUAUAAAAGGAAAACAAAUAGGCCACAUGGAAUGGGGCAAGGUGGCAAAAAUUAGGGUAGAAACAAAAACAAAAAUAUCUCAAUUUACAGAUAAAUAGAAAGGUCUGAUAUUGUUGUGUCGCCUGCGUUACGCAGUGGCGACAUAUAGGGAUCACUAUCCGUCGUCCUGCGUCGUCGUCGUCGUCACAAAAAAUUUCUGUCACAGUUUUCUCAAGAACCACAUGGGGCAACUCCCUGAUAUUUGGCACAGAGCAUCAGUGUGGCCAACUGUAUUGUGUAAGACAUUUUCGAAUCUGUCGCUUAUCAACUUCCUGUUUGCCGGGACUUAGAAUUUUUUACAGCAAAAAAAUUUCUGUCACAGUUUUCUCAAGAACCACAUGGGGCAACUCCCUGAUAUUUGGCACAGAGCAUCACUGUCGCCAACUGUAUUGUGUAAGACAUUUUCGAAUCUGUCGCUUAUCAACUUCCUGUUUGCCGGGACUUAGAAUUUUUUACAGCAAAAAAAAUUCGGUCACAGUUUUCUCAAAAACCACAUGGGGCAACUCCCUGAUAUUUGGCACAGAGCAUCACUGUGGCCAACUGUAUUGUGUAAGACAUUUUCGAAUCUGUCGCUUAUCAACUUCCUGUUUGCCGGGACUUAGAAUUUUUUACAGCAAAAAAAAUUCGGUCACAGUUUUCUCAAGAACCACAUGGGGCAACUCCCUGAUAUUUGGCACAGAGCAUCAGUGUGGCCAACUGUAUUGUGUAAGACAUUUUCGAAUCUGUUGCUUAUCAACUUCCUGUUUAGUGACAAAAACCAUUUCAAUAAUUUACUUUUUCAACAUUAUACGUGAUAUAUUACAUAUAGAAUGAACUAGCAGGCGACACAUGUCUUCCGGGGAAGACUUAAUACUGCGUUAGGAAUAUUUAAACUCCCAUGAAGGUAUUGCACUCUGUCCUUUAGAAAUGGGGGAGGGGUGGUCUGGACCCCCUGGUGGAUUGUCACAUGAAGCAUGAGAGAGAGUUUUAUAUACAACUGUAGCUGUGAUAUUUCACUCCACAACUCGAAGUAUACUAUAAAAGGGUUAUCUGUAUGUUCUAGAGUAACAAAUAUACAUUUAAGAAUACUUCUUAUAUAUCUAUUGUCAUGAUUUAAUUUAUAUAUAUAUAUAUAUAUACACAACACACAUGUAUAUAUAUGUGUGUUAAAUGACUUAAUAAAGUUUAUUCUGGCUAAA